GCUCGUCUAUUUAACGCUUUGUUCCGUUGUUGCUGCUUGCGGUCUGCCGCAGACUCCGAGUGACAGCUGUCGCCACUUUUUGCACUUAACCCUCAUUUUCCCCUGCUCUUUUGUUUGACAAUGUCUGACGGGAGCUUCCCACCUUCCCCGGCCGAGGACGACGGCGGCUCCAAGCGGUUGUCCUGGGGCAGGCUGCUCCAGAGGCUCGGCGAGCUCAAGGGGCUCGCGCACAGGCAUCACGACAAUACUGACACCGGUUCCGUAGCAGACAUGUCCACGUGUAAUUCCGAGAGCAGCUUGUUCUGUUACCCCUCCGAGGAGACCCUGGCCGCAGAGCUGGUGGCCACCAUCGAAGAAUCCCUCCACGGCGCCGCGCAGCUCCUGGGCUGCUCCCGUCUCCUGGUGCCCGACUCCCUGCUGGACCACGUGGGCCAGGAGCUGGUGCAUCUUGCGGCCAGCGAGCCGUGCGGCCUGCGGGGAGCGCUGGUCGAGCUUUGCGUGGACAGGGGCGAGCCGUGGUCCCCGUGCAGCGUGGGCGAGAUCGCCGUGGUCGGCGCGCUGGUGCCAACCUUCCACGUGACCCUGGUGCUCAAAGCCGGGGCGGGCGGAUUGUGGCCCGAGGUCCGCAGGUUCUUCAUCAGCAGCCGGUCCCAGCAGACGGCUGCGAGGCGCCGACGCUCUCUAAGACUGAGGUCUGGCUUCACGGCCGCGAAGAGGAAGUUGUACUGCUCAGGGGAGCUGCUCAUUGAAGAGUGCUCCUGACCUAAGCGCUCCUUGACUAGAAAGUCUCAAAUGAACAUGCUAAGUGACACUAAGGGCUCUGUCUUUGUAAGUGGCGCAAGAGUGCCGUGGCACAAAUCCAGGGGGAUCCUGAUUUCUGAAAAAGCGCAGGGCUCACUGUGCUGAGUUGAAGGGAAUGAAAGGAGCCGCUUUGAUUGGCCGUGAUGAAGUCCGCCGAGACCGCUCCCACAGCAUCGCAGCCCUCCUUCUUGCCGAUCGUGUGUCUGCACUCAACUACGGAGUUACCAACAUGACGUCGAACCCGCCCCCGCACAGAGUUACAACCACGUGCCGCGCAGGAUUUAGGCCGGUCACAAAAAUAGAGCCCCAAACGCACAAUCCCAGCAACAACGUGUAGUUGGCAAAGGUCCGUCUGUGGCAGCUUCUCGCCUGGCUGGAGGUGAAUUUUUUUUCUUUUUUCAAUGAAAAUGCAUGUUAAAGUUGCUUGACAAGAUAACUUUGGUAUCUGAUGGUCAAAUCUUACAUGUUUUUUGUAUUUAAGAAAAAUAAAUUAUUUUCUAUGA